GAACAGCCAUCUAAGGAUGACCAACAGUUAGCUGCUCGGGCACAAGAAGUCGAGAAGAAGUCGAGUCCAUCCAAAACCCAGAAGGAGCUAGAUGAAGAGUUAAUGCGCAAACUAGCUGGCAUUUCUGGUGAUGGUGGCGAAUCUGGAGUUGAAUACGAAGAUGGCAAGCCAGUUGCUAUGAAGCGAGGAGUCAAGAACAAUAUGUUCCGCUUGAUCUGA